AUGCGAAACCGGAGUGAAGAGUUGAAAAGAAGAAGAGGCAUUCUAUACGAAAAAAGACGAAUUAAGGAAAAGACUGAAGUAGAAGUUCUAUUCGGAAAAAUAUCUGAGAAUCUCUCAAAACUAGAGGAAUUGGUUAUUUCAGUGGAAAAGGAGUGCAGUAUAUACUGUAUUCCUAGCUUUGAAAGCAAAGGAAAAACAAUAGCAAAAAUUGAGCAGAUGAAAUAUGAAAUAUCCAUUGUGCUCACUAAGUCCAAAGGGAUUCUUGAUUAUUUCUCACAGAACUUCAAAAAAUCAAUUAACUAUACUCUAGUAGAGUCCAUAAGUGUUCAUUUUCACUAUAAAAUAGAUAGGCUAAUAAACAGAAUGAACGCAUCAAUGGCGAAUAUUGAAAAAAUAAAGGAACCUUCCACAGAACAAAAAAGCACAAACGGUGCAGAGUCGGUGUAUAAGUCUGUAUACCACAUAACUGAGCUAAUACGCGAACUAAAAACUGUGGUGAUUUCACAGUCAGACAAAAUAGAGCGGCUAGACAUAGCAAUGGACUACGUUUCUAAUAGUGCUAAUAAGUCUGUUAAUGAAAUAGCAAACAUUUCUGUAUUUGGGUCCCACAUUAAGAAUAGAAUCAUUUCUGUGCUGUUUAGCUGUAUUUUUGUAUUGGUUGUUCUGAGCACACUUAAAGCAUACUCCCACUCAAUGAAAUACACAAGAACUCCUAGUAAACCUAAAAUUACUAAUCAGAACGAAUUUACAAACCAUAGAAGAGAAUCUGUUUGGCAGAAUAAUCAAAAAAGAAGAGCCAUAGCCCACCCUUUAAUGAAAAUACUAUAAACACAGAAUAACAGGAUAAAAGCAGAA